AUGCCCAAGUAUAUGUCCGACAUAGAAAAUAACCAAGGCUUAACGCAAGAGGCUCAGCUCCUCUUAUCGCAAUUCAUGAGAAAUUCGUACGCUAAACACCGGCCAGCGUACGUAAAAAAUUCCAAGCUCAUGUUACCCAAUAGAAAUUCAGCGCCGACACCAGCAGCGCGACGUUCUGGCCGACAGAGGACGGGGCCCAUCAAUUAUUACGAGAGAAUAAACCUUUUCGCCGAGCGGGAUUCAAACGACAAUGCGAGCGAAAGAUCACGCAAUUCCUCAGUUCCAUUCCGACCACGGGGAAGCCAUUCGUCACUCCCGUUGGAUUCGAGGCCGGAACCGCCCCAGUCUUUUCAGCAUUCUCGGAUUGAUGUUCCUCGGCCGAGGCCGGAUAACCCUCCACCCUGCAGGACUUCUCGCAACCCAAAAAAUUUGAACAGGCUCCUACGUAGUCGUGAAUUGGGCAACGCCAACCGACAACUUCAAGUCGGCUUUGCGCAAGACCUAAAGCCUUCUCGGUACUGGCAAGGCGCGUCCAAUGAUGUUAUUGUUUUGGCCUGGUCGCCUGAUGGAACCAGGUUCGCAGCCGGCGCUACUGCACAGAGUGAUGAGCAUAACAUGGAAUACAACAGGGGUAAAAAUCUUGUUUUAGGCGACCUUACAAGGAACUCUAUAAAGGAGCUACCGGAUCACUGGGUUAAACGUCCUUGUAGGCGAGCGGCAUCCGGCCAAAACCAGACAGACACGCGUCUAUUCAUGAGUGUCACUGCUAUGCAAUGGUUUGAUGAUAUUCUCUUUACAUCAAGCUAUGAUAACACUGUGAAAUUGUGGGAUGUCAGCAGCCAUGCCAAUGCUGGUUGUGCUGGCACGCUCGGGCAUAAUUCGAAAGUUGAGGUCAUGGCGCCUUCGAAUUUUGACAACCAAAUACUGGCAACUGGUACGGACUCUAUUGGACUAUGGAACAUCAAAGAGCGAAAGCAUAUCCCGCUGGAAUUUCAACAGCGCCAGCGGAGGAAGGAUAUAGAAUUGGUAUCGACUUCAUUAGCAUGGGGCACUAUUCCAGCAACAAGAAACAUCCUGCUUGCCGGGUUGUCAGAGAAGGAUGAGAAGGAUGAAGGUGUUCCACAGAAUGGGCUGCUUGCAGCUUGGCGCAUGGAUGAAGCAUCGACGACCCCAAUCCACCUUUCCCCAAAUGCGCAAAACAUCUUCGAUAUAAAAUGGCAUCCUUCAUUGCCAUUGUUCCUUACUGGGAGUGCUCCGACGCCCUCGAGAGCCUCGCUCGCUAGGUCAGUUGUCCGGUUAUAUGAUCCUUUGAGGUCAAAGAUGCAUAAAAUAGAACUUGACUGUCCUGCGCUGGAUAUAAAUGACGUGACCUUUUGUCCGAUGAAUCCUUAUUAUGUAACUGCCAGCUGUACUGAUGGUGUUACAUACCUUUGGGAUUACCGCAAGCCCGGGGAUAUUCUGCUCCGACUUGAGCAUGAUGGUCCCUCUGAGCAGAUAGAUGAGAGUCUUCCCAGGGAGCGAGUAGAUGUCGGCGUCAGGAUGGCGCUAUGGGGGCAUGGCCCUGACCAGUUUUACAGUGGUGCUUCAGAUGCCGUUCUAAAGAGGUGGAACAUUCUUUGCUCCCAAGAGGAUGUUCAUGUUGAUGAUGUCGCACGUUUUCCAGGCGCGGUUAUGUGCGGUUCAUUUUCAAGUGACAAAACCAACCUUCUCAUAGGAGAUUCUGCUGGGGGCCUUCAUGUGCUAUCAUCAAGACCAUUUCAGGCCAGUGAUGAACAGAGUAUGGUCUUUGAAAGCGCUACUGAGGCUAUUCACGACGACGGGGACCAACAGGCAGAUCCUAAUGCCGAGGCUCAACUGGCGAACAAUAUGUUGCUGUGUGGGGAGCUGGUUAGACAUCCCGUUUACGGCGUCGGAAAAGGGCCUCACUAUAAAGGCCCUUUUGCCAGCUGGGCGCGCCCUGACAGCACGCCUCGACAUCUCAUUGCCGAAACUCCUCUCAAGGAGGAAGUACUAAUUCGUCAAUUGGAUGGCGCUCCGUUGAACGAUCGGCGAGGGCUCGACGAACAGUCUCGAAGAGCAAUUGCCUCUCGAAUCCAAUUCUCUCGGAUACGCAACCAGCGGCGACAAGGAAACAAAAGGAAAAGAAAUUACUCUACUAUUUCAACCAAACCGACCUCUUCCAGCAGCAAUAAUUUCAUCGACCUUUGCAGCAGCGAAGAAACAGAUGAUGAGAGUCCACUCCCUCCACUUCCCACUGGUAGAUCCAAGCGACGUGCCAGGAAAAUUGAUGAUCCAGUGACUACUAAGGCCGAACCUGAGAUAAUAGAUCUUACCUUGGAGUCCGAUCCAGAGGAGAAUGCAAGUCCAUUGACAAUUGAAACAUUGCUAGAGGAACUGGAAGAAGACAGAGAGGAGGACUUUUGGUGGCCAGCAAGCGGUACUAUCAACCCGAAUUUCCCCAAAGAAGGUGAAGACGAUCCUUAG